GCCACUGUCAUUUCGUGUAUUGGCUGCGCCGGACGUGCUCCCGCAACGUGUUGAGGAAAAAAAAUUCACGUGUGAGUUUUCGUCUUACACCGUACAGCCUGAAGUUGGAUAAAACAUCAAGAUAUUGCCGGGUACCUGUGUAACUAGAGGUCAUGGGUCGGAAGUUGGAUCCCACCAACAAGGUGAAGCGAGGGCCAGGGAGAAAAGCCAGAAAGCAGAAGGGGGCAGAGACUGAGCUGGCCAAGUUUCUGACUGAUGAGGAAUCCGGACCAAAACGUCUGUCCAGUAGAGCUAGAAAAAGAGCUGUCAAGAGAAGCCAAGAUUCAAAAAAUAUCAAAGAUGUUGCAAAGGAACAGCCCAAGAAAGGAUUCACUGACGAGAACAAUGAAUGGUUGAAACCAGCAAAGAGGAAGCGCAAAAUUGACCAACCUGAGAGUGAGGACGAUAGCGAUGAUCAGUGGGAGGAGGAGGAGGAGGAGGAGGUAGAGGAGGAAGAGGAGGGAGGAAACAAAAUUGGAAAGAAGGGGGCAAGUUUAGGCAUUGAGGAGGUGGACGAUGAUGACGACGAUGAUGAUGAUGAUGAUGAUGAAGAAAUGGUGGAUGACUAUGGUGCACUUGAAGACAGCAGUGAUGAAGAAGGAGCAGAAGAAGGAAGUGACGGGGAGGAUCUUCUUCCUAUUGAGCGUGCGGCCAAGAAACAGAAAAAGCUGAAGGAAGCCAUGACUCAGGAGAGUGAGGAAGAUGACGACAGUGGUGAUGAUGAUGAAGAUGAAGAGGGCGAGAAUGCCGAUGCAGACAUGGAUGAGGAGGACACAGUGCAAGCCAAUAUAGAUGAAAUGGAUCAAUUCAGGCUACCUGGGGCCGAGGAGAGAGAGAAGGAGGGUGUCCUGCCUGUAGACCUGCAGACAAUCCACCAAAGAAUAAAGGACAACAUUGACGUCCUUUCUCAUUUUGCCACAAAACGAGAAGCGGGGAGAGAGAGGUCAGAGUAUGUCUCUCUUCUGAAGAAGGAUCUCUGCACCUAUUACAGCUACAACAACUUCCUCAUCGAGAAACUAAUGGACAUCUUCCCACUGUCAGAGCUGAUUGAUUUCCUCGAGGCCAAUGAAAUACAGAGACCAGUCACUAUUCGGACCAACACACUGAAAACAAGGAGGAGGGACCUUGCACAGGCCUUGAUCAACAGAGGAGUGAACCUUGAUCCAAUUGGAAAAUGGUCUAAAGUGGGUCUGGUCAUCUAUGACUCCUCAGUACCCAUAGGUGCAACCCCAGAGUACCUGGCCGGCCAGUACAUGUUGCAGGGAGCCUCCAGUUUCCUCCCAGUCAUGGCGCUCUCUCCCCAGGAGGGGGAGUCCGUGCUGGACAUGAGUUCAGCUCCAGGAGGCAAGACCACCUAUAUUGCUCAGCUGAUGAGAAACACAGGAGUGAUAGUGGCUAAUGACGCCAAUGCUGAUAGGUUGAAGAGUGUGGUGGGCAACAUCCACCGUCUGGGGGUCACCAACACGGUGGUUUGCAACUACGAUGGCAGAAAAUUCCCAAAGGUCAUGGGUGGGUUUGAUAGAGUGCUGCUUGAUGCCCCGUGUUCAGGCACAGGAGUCAUCUCUAAAGACCCAGCUGUAAAGACCAGUAAGGAUGAGGCAGACAUCCAGCGCUCUGCCCACUUGCAGAAGGAGCUGAUUCUAGCUGCCAUUGACUCUGUCAACGCUGAGUCCCCUACAGGCGGAUAUCUGGUCUACUGCACUUGUUCAAUAACGGUGGAGGAGAAUGAGUGGGUGGUGGACUACGCUUUAAAGAAAAGGAACGUGAAAUUAGUUCCCACUGGACUUGACUUCGGCAAAGAAGGUUUCACCAGGUUCAAAGAGCGUAGAUUCCAUCCAUCCCUGCGCCUCUCUCGACGUUUUUAUCCUCAUUCCCACAACAUGGACGGUUUCUUCGUGGCCAAGCUGAAAAAGUUCUCAAACACAGUUCCAGCUACUGCAGAAGAAAAAGAAGAGCAAGACGCAGACACUUCUGAGGCGACAGUAGCUACAGAUAAUCCUGCUGAGAAACCAUCCAAAGAGGAGAAAACCAAGAAGAGUGUCCCUGGCAAGGCAGGCACCUCGCAGGACAAAGCUCAAGCCAACGGAACAGCAGCCAAGAAAACCACAAACAUCCAGCCGAAAGGCAAAAAGGACUUGCCCACUGGACCAAAAAAGCCCAAAAUUGCCAAGAUAGAUGGAGAGACUGUGAAAGGGGCAGAGGGCAAGAAAUCCACAAUAAAGACAGCUGGAGAGAGUAAAGAAUCAGGGGCUGGAAAAAAGGGGGGAAGCCGAUUUGAGAAAAAGCUGGAUCAAAAGAGGAAAUCUCCCAAGAAGAACAACAGAUUAGGAAAGAAUAAAUUCAAAAAGUUGAAGAAAAUGCUGGAAAGAGAAGAUGCUUGACAGUGAAUAGUGUACAGUAUGUUCAAAUGUACUAGAAUUUGUAAGUGCUUUACUGAGCUUGCUUACCUGAUCUUAACAUAUCCAGACGUCCCUCUCCUCACCUGCAGGUUUUUCUGAUUGGUGUGCUGUGAGUUGAGUCCAGCUGAGCCAAGUGCUAAAUUUUCCAAGAGCUGCAUUGUUGUCUUUAAAGAUCUGCCAUAUUUUCAGAUAGGACUGUAAGAUCACCAUGUACAGAUGGAUUGAAUUGGUCCACAAAACUCCUGCUGUCUUUAUUAAAGGUGUCCUCUUUUUUUUAUUAUUAUUAGUCAGUAUUGAUUUUGUGUGUCAAAUGAAAAGACUUGUAAUUUACAUAUAUCUGUGGGACACAAUAAAUCUUUUCAGAUUUUCCUCAUCA